AUGGCAAAUUUAGCAUUAUAUAAUUUUAUUGUAUACAAUUUGCUGCAAAUCAAUUUAAGAAAUGUGCUCAUAUUUCAUUGUUGGCAGUUGCCAGCUCUUUUGCCAUUGGGCCAACUUUUCUCUCACAAUUUAAUAUUUUCUCAAUACAUAAAUCUGAAUCAGUCCAACGAGCGCUUAGCUAAUUUUACCAAGGUUUAUUUGGAUAGUGACUUAACUAAAUUGGGCGUCUUCUUAGACAUGAGUUGCGAGCAAAGCGAUUUUAUAACUAAUCAGUCCAGUCGAGCACAGCUUUAUACACAAAACUUACAUUGGCUGCUCUACGAUAAAUCUGGGAAUAUGGAACGAUUUGUGGAACUCUUUGCAAAAGCUAAUCUCAGCGUAAAUGCGGAUGUGACCUAUGUGAAAGAAGAGAAAAUCGUUGAUUAUGACAGUCUCUUUACACUCUACGAUGCCUACAACUCAGGUAGUCAAUUGGGUGGUCAGCUGAAUAUAACAAUAGAUCAAAGCAUCUACUGCACUCAAACUAAAUGUGAACUCAAGCAAUAUUUGAGUGAAUUAUACAAAAGAACCAGAGUGCAGCAACGCAUGGAUUUGAGUGGAAUUACGUUUAGACAAGUGGCCUUGGUUACUGUUAUGCCUUUGAGCCUGGGUGAGGAGAAGCUGCUCAACUUUUUGAAUAGCGAAGAUAACGUACACUUGGAUUGGACCUCGCGUGUGGGUUAUCGCAAUAAUUUGCACCUGCAGGAAGUUCUGAGAUUCAACAUAAGUUACAUUUGGCGAGAUCUGUGGAGCGUAAAUGAUAGCCAAGGUGGUGCCAUAGGAGAAAUAAGCAACGCGAAUGCAGAACUGUCGACAUCGCCGUUUGUGCUCUCAUCUCAACGACUACGCUACAUCUUAGCCACCAUGGAAAUAAGCCAAUUUCGCUCAAUUUGCAUCUUCCGCACUCCACACAAUGCCGGCAUCAAAGCCGGCGUCUUUCUGGAACCAUUCAAGUUCAGUGUUUGGCUAGUUUUUGUAGCUCUACUGAUCCUUGCCGGCGUAUUGCUGUGGCUAACAUUUCGUUUGGAGCAUCGUUGGAUGCAGCACUGUAUGCGGUAUAUACCGUCGCUAUUGACCAGUUGUUUGAUUAGCUUUGGCGCUGCCUGCAUUCAGGGCUCUCAUCUGAUACCAAAUUCGACGGGUGGACGUCUAGCAUUCAUAGCACUCAUGAUGACCUCGUUUCUCAUGUACAACUAUUACACAUCGAUUGUGGUAUCGACCUUAUUGGGCUCGCCGGUGCGCUCCAAUAUUAAAACCAUGCAACAGCUGGCCGAUAGCUCCUUGGAUGUGGGCUUCGAAACAAUACCCUUUACUAGAACAUAUUUAAAUAGCUCGCCACGUUCCGAUAUACGGGAUCUGGUUAAGCGCAAAGUGGACGGACAUGAUCCCAGCAAAAUCUGGCUAUCUGUCAACGACGGUGUGCUCCGAGCCCGCGAUGAGCCUGGUUUUGUUUUCGUCUCGGAAGCCUCAAACCUAUACACCUUUAUAGAGAAGUACUAUCUGCCACAUGAAAUAUGUGAACUAAAUGAAAUCAUGUUCCGUCCGGAGAGCAAUGUCUAUGCAGUUGUGCCCAAGAAUUCCACCUACAAGGAGCUACUGAAGCAAAUCCAAGUACGCAUGCUGGAGACUGGCAUCACGCAGAAGCAUAAGUUGUUCUAUACCAAGACCAAGUUGCACUGCUUUGCUAACAACUAUGUCAUCAAAGUGGGCAUGGAGUAUGCAGCUCCACUCUUCAUAGGUCUGCUACUCUCCUAUUUGGCCGCGAUUAUCACCUUAAUGCUGGAACUAGGCUGGGCUUACUUGGGCAGACGCCAAACGCAGAGUUUGCUCAUAGAAGAAUAUUUAUACUAUUUUUUGCAUAUUGCAAAAUUAAAUAAUAUAUUAUUUUUGCAUUGUUGGACAACUGACUCACUUUUUCACUUUGCACAAUUAGCCAGCAAGGAAAUGCUUUACACUCAAUAUAUAAACCUUAACUACACACAUCCACUAGCUGAGCAGUUGCAAGAUAAACUUGUGAACCAUAAUCUCGUCAAACUGGGCAUUUAUCUGGAUAUCAAUUGUCAUCAGAGUGUGGAUGUCUUGUCUAUGGCCAAUGUGAAGCGUCUUUUUGUUGAGCGCUAUCACUGGCUUAUCUACGAUCAGUACUUUACCUUGAGUAAAGUUCAUGAACAAUUUGAUGUGGCGCAACUUUAUAUAGGCACAGAAUUGACAUAUGUGGAGCCAAGCCCCAAGCUCGAUAGCUUCAUCCUCUAUGAUCUGUAUAACAAGGGAAAACAUAUAGGCGCCAAACUGAAUAUAACUAUAGAUCGACAAAUCAAUUGCAAUGAUCAGCAUUGUUACUUAAGCCACUAUCUAAGCGAUCUGCAUAAGAGAAAUCGUCUGCAGCAGCGUAGGUAUCUGACUGGCCUAACUUUAAGGGUGAAUGCAGUGAUUAACGCGCUGCCGCUCAACACUCCGCAUUCAAAGCUGAACGCGUUUCUUAUGAGUAGCGAUGAUUUGAAUAAUGAUGCGUUUGCAAGAUUGGGUUACCAGACGCAUUUAGUGCUUAGGGAUAUGCUGGACUGCAACUAUAGCUUUAUAUUUCGUGAUCGCUGGUCAGAUUCGGAAUUGACAGGAGGCCUUUUAGCGGAUAUGCGCAAUGAAAGCGUAGAUGUCACAGCAAAUGCAUUCCUCAUCACCUCUGGACGUUUGAAAUACUUUAAAGUAAUGACCUGGCUGUCUUCUUUUCGGUCCAUGUGCAUGUUCCUCAAUCCGAAAUCAUCUGCCGUUGAACUACGCAUCUCGGAGUUCCUUCAGCCCUUUAGUUGGACUGUUUGGCUUAUGUUUGGUUCUCUUCUGGUGAUUGCUGGAUUUCUACUCUGGAUGACAUUUCGUCUAGAGCGUCGAUUAAACCACAUGGACAUGAAACCUUCGCUUCUUACCAGCUGCCUGUUGUCGUUUGGCGCCGCCUGUAUUCAGGGCGCUUGGGUGCUGCCACGUUCCACCGGCGGUCGCAUGGUGUUCUAUGCUGUUAUGUUGACAUGUUUCCUCUUGUAUAACUAUUACACAUCAGUUGUGGUAUCGACGCUGCUGGGAGAUCCACCCAAAUCGAACAUUCGAACCAUUCAACAGCUUGCGGAUAGCAACCUCGAGGUAUCCGUCGAGCCAACAAUAUAUACUAAAGUCUACAUAGAGACAUCAACCUAUCCCGAUGUGCGUAGUCUAUAUUUGAACAAGAUUCUAAACAGCAAGCGGGACACGAGAAGCAUUUGGCUGUCCUCGGAGGAGGGUGUCCGAAUGGUGCGCAACAUUCCCGGAUUUGUCUAUAUUACAGAGGCGUCCAGCUCAUAUACAUUUGUGCGAAAGCACUUUCUGCCCCACGAGAUCUGCGAGCUUAAUGAAAUUCUUCUACGGGACGAGACAAACGCCUACACUAUGGUGGUCAAAAACUCCAGCUAUUUUGAACUGUUAAAGCUAAACCAACUUCGUAUGCUGGAAACUGGAAUUCAUUUCAAGUACUUUCGCUAUUGGGUGCGCAACAAGCUGCACUGCUAUCAUAGCAAUAGAAAUGUCGUUGUGGGCAUGGACUCCGCCGGACCACUGUUUCUGCUGCUGACUUGUGGCUACGUUGUGUGUCUAUUUGUGUUGGCUCUGGAAAUAUUGUGGCACAGACGGCAGCAACAUGCGGCGCGUCAUUAAGGCA